AUGCCUCGCGCCGAGGUUGGCACCCCGAAAUGGGUUGCGAAUAAGAUGAAGUCAAAAGGGCUCCAAAGACUGCGAUGGUACUGCCAGAUGUGCGAAAAGCAGUGUAGAGAUGAAAAUGGUUUCAAAUGCCAUUGUAUGUCCGAGGCCCAUCAAAGGCAAAUGCAGGUCUUUUCUCAACGAGCUGGGAAAUACAUGGAUGAAUUUUCAAAAGAUUUUGAGGGUGAAUUCAUGAAGCUGAUGAGAACCAGAUAUUGUCGUACCAAAGUCUUGGCAAACACGGUCUAUCAAGAUGUCAUCUCUGACAAACAGCAUGUUCAUAUGAAUGCGACGAUCUGGUCAACCUUAUCGGAGUUUGUUCUUUAUUUGGAACGCACUGGCAAAGUCCAUCUCGAAAAGUCAGAGCGAGGCUUUGUUCUUGAAUAUAUUGACAAGGAAAAGCUUCGAAAGGAGAGAGAUGCUGAUGCUAAACGCAAAGCUGAAUUAACAGCCGAACAAAGAAGGGAACGUCAAUUCAAUCGCCAAGUCGAAGCAGCGUGGCAGGAAAAGAGGAAAAUAGAAGGUGAAAAUCCUCCAGAGGAAGAGCGGUUACCUUUCGUACGAGAUGAUGAAUCAAAGCCCAUCGAAUUCAGUCUUCCCUCUCAAGUGAUACCAUCGACCGAUGAUAACAAAAAAAUCAAUUUUAGGAAAUUAGACAAAACUGACGACUCCCCUGUCAUCAUCAAGCACACCAACAAAUCCCUUAGCAGCGGGGACUUACUUCGGCUGCGCCAACCGAGAGAAUGGGAAAGAAUGAGCAAUCGAAUGGGAAGCGCAAGUUAUUCAUCAUUGAUCGUAUUCAAUGUACUAAGAGAACAAGAAAGACUGCCACUAUUCCGACUCUCAACAAACAGCAAGGAAGUCUCUCAUGCCACAAAUUCAGCACAUGCAGAAGUAGCAGCGCAUCAGUCCUGUUUCAGUUCAGCGGAUGGGAAAGAAAAGCAAGAAACCAGCUGA